AGGAGCCACAUGCACAUGCACAAAUCACACUCAAUUUCUAUGGCACUCAACUGAGCAAAAGUCUUGGUCUUCGCUUCCCCAUUAUCCUCAACUCUUUCAUUAGAAAAAAGUGUGAGCCAUUCUUUUUUUAUCAGUUACCAGAUAUUAUGGCUGCUUCUUCUUCUUCUUCUUCUUCUUCUUCUUCUUCUUCUAUCAAUCCUCAAUGGAAGAAGUAUGAUGCGUUUUUAAGUUUUAGAGGCGCAGACAUCCGCGAUGGUUUUCUCAGUCAUCUGUACGAAGCUUUGAAUCGAAAACAAAUCUGUACCUUCAAGGAUGAAAACCUUGACAGAGGAGAAGAGAUCUCACCAGCCCUCUUGAAAACAAUUGAAAACUCACUGGUUUCCAUAGUCAUUUUCUCAGAAGACUAUGCCUUUUCUCCGUGGUGUUUGGAUGAGCUUGCGAAGAUUCAUGAAUGCCAGGAAACUAAAAGACAAAUAGUAUUACCAGUGUUUUACCAAGUAGAUCCUACCGAUGUUCAAGAGUUGACAGGAAGAUUUGGGGAUGCAGUUGCUCAACAUAAGGAAAAAUUCAAAGAAAAGGUGGAGAGUUGGGGCCGUGCUUUGACGGGAACGGCCAACAUUUCAGGAUGGAAUUCCAAAAAUAUUAAGCCUGAAUCUAAACUAAUUGAGGAAAUUGUCAAUGAUGUUGCCAAGAAAUUAAAUCACUUGUUUCCAAGUGAUUAUGAUGAAGAUGGCUUUGUUGGAAUUGGUCGUGUUAAGGAAUUUGAAUCAUUAUUAUGUCUUGAAUCAGAAGAAGAUGUGCGUAUGGUAGGAAUUUGGGGAAUGGGAGGUAUUGGUAAGACAACUAUUGCUGACAAAGUAUUUAAUAGAAUUGCGAACAAAUUUGAGAGUCAAUGCUUUGUUGCAAAUGUUCGAGAAGAGUUAGGGAAGCGCACUCCAUUUCAAUUACGAAGUGAAAUCCAUGAAAGAAUAUUAGGGGGAGAAAAUUUUUAUGUAAGGACACCAAAUGCAUUGCAUCCUUUUAUUGAAAGAAGCCUCAAUAGAAGAGUUCUUAUUGUUCUCGAUGAUGUGGAUGAUCCCCUGCACCUAACAUACUUAGUAGGAAGGUGGGAUUUGUAUGGUCCAGGAAGUAGAAUCAUUGUAACAAGCAGAGAUAAACAAGUGCUCAAAAUUGUGAAUUGUAAGAAAUAUAUUUAUGAGGUUGAGAAAUUAGUUAGUUAUCAAACUCUUCAACUCUUUAGCUUGCAUGCCUUCAAACAAACCCAUCCCCCUAACGGAUACAUGACGCAGCUAUCUAAUAGAGUGAUAAGUUAUACUCGAGGAGUUCCAUUAGCCCUUAAGGUUUUAGGCUGCAGCCUGUAUGGUAAAGGUGUGAAAGAAUGGGAAAGUGAGUUGAAAAAACUUGAAACUAUUCCGAACAUGGAUAUUCAGGACAUUCUGAGAAGAAGUUAUGAUGGACUAGAUCAUAAUGAAAAGAAUAUAUUUCUCGAUAUUGCAUGUUUUUUUAAAGGAGAAGAUAAAGAGCGUGUGAAAAGUAUAUUAGAUUGCUGUGGUUUUUAUGCAGAAAUUGGAAUAAGUCGUCUGCUUGAUAAGUCACUCAUGGCUAUUUCCGGAGAGAAGUUAAAAAUGCAUGACUUGCUACAACAAAUGGGUAAGAAUAUUGUUUGCAAGGAAAAUAAAGAGCCCAGAAAGCGUAGCAGGUUGUGGAAUGCCGAGGAUAUAUGUGAGAUACUGACAAAAGAAAAAGGGGCUGAUAGUGUUGAAGCCAUAUCACUGGACUUGUCCAAGAUUAGAAGCACGGAACUACGUCCUUCUGCCUUUGAGAAAUUUGAUAAGCUUAGAUUGCUCAAAUUUUAUAAUCCUUGCUGUGAGGAAAUCAAGUUACAUCUUCCUAAAGGCCUGAAAUUUCUUCCAAAUGAGCUGAGGUUUCUCUACUGGGAUCAAUACCCUUUGAAAUCAUUGCCAUCGAAAUUUUGCCCUGAAAAUCUUGUUGAAUUGCACAUGCGCGGUAGCCAACUCAAACAACUUUGGAACGACUAUGCUCCGUGUCUUAAAAAGUUGAAAUUUAUGGACCUCAGCAAGUCGGAAUAUCUGAUCAGAAUUCCAGACCUGUCGAAAUUCCCAAAACUUGAGGAUAUAUUUUUGAGAGGGUGCACAAGCUUGAUUAAAAUUUCUUCGUCUGCUAAGCUUCAUGGCAAGAUUGUAGAUCUAGGAAACUGCAGAAAACUCUGCCAUUUUCCAAGCUGCAUUUAUAUGACGAAUCUUGUAAGUCUUUCUUUCGAUGGUUGCUCAAAACUAGCUCAUCUACCAAGUAGCUUAGGCGAAUUGAGUUGCCUUGAAAAUCUUAAUCUCAACGAAUGCUCAAAGCUAGUGAGUCUUCCAAACAGCAUAUGCAAUCUGAAAUCUCUAAAGUGGCUAGACAUCACAGAUUGUGUGAAUCUCUAUGGAUUGCCGGAGAACUUGGGGUACUUGGAAUCUCUGGAGGAGCUGAUAGCAACUAGAAGUGGUAUAAAAGAACUACCAUCUUCUAUCAAUCAGUUGAAGGAAUUGAAAAUCUUGACCUGUGAUGGAUGUGACGGUUUGAUAUUGCCUCCUUUAACAGGUUUGGCCUGUCUUUGGGAGCUUUCCCUCCAGGGUUGUGGUAUAUCAGAAAUUCCCAGUAAUCUUGGCUCUUUAGGCUCAUUGACGGGUUUAUAUUUAAGUGGAAAUAAUUUCAGAAGCAUACCUACAAGCAUCAAGCAAUGUUCUAAGUUGACAACACUUGUUUUAAGUGAUUGCAAGAGGCUUGAAUUUUUGCCAGAGCUUCCAUCAUGUCUAGCAAAUUUAGAUGCAGUAAACUGCACAUCUCUGGAUUUUGUAUCGAGCUCAUUCAUACAAGGAUAUGUGAAUUCCUGUUUGGCGAUGAAUCUUAGCAAAUGCAGUGAAUUAAUACUGCUGAAACUUCAAAGCAUGGGACAACCAGAGGAACAAUAUCUGGACAAAAAGGCUGAUGCAACAAUUUUUUAUUGGAGACACUCGUUAUGCAUCCCGCAAAGUGAAGUGCCAGAAUGGAUGAUGUACAAAAAUGAUAAUGGAUCUUCAUUGUCAUUCUCUCUUACAGCACCUCAGCCUCAUUCCCAUGCUACCCACCUCAUCAAGAUUGCUUUUUGUGCUCUAUUCACACCCAAAGUUAAUGAUUCUCGUAAUUUCUACAGGACUCGUAUUGUAUGCAAAUGCCGCUUCAUAGCUGAGUCUGGAGAUAUCCUCAAAACUCUUUCCGGUUGCAGACUAGUCAAUAUGCAUCGCAUGUCACUCUGGCAUUCCACCAUUCAUUUAAAUUCCAAGAAAUUUCGUAUCAAAGAGGCCUCAUUUCAAUUCUAUGCCAUUCCCAAUUCUCUAAUACCUAUUAGCGAGGUCAUACUCAAGUGUGGAGUCCAUCUAAUAUCUGAUUAUAACUUGGAAGAAGAUGAUAAAGAUGGUGAUAGUAAAGGACUAUCAUUAGCAGGGGUUUAUGAUCGGGCCAUGAAGAAAGGGUUGUUCUUUACUCAAUUUCCUGUUGCUGAGGAACAUCCUGAACAAUAUCCCCUUCAAGGAUUGAAAGAGAGGCAAGAGUUAAAAUGGUUUGAUUUAAAUUUCUCACUAAAUUUUUUGUUCUCCUUAGUUAUCUUCCUGGUUGCUACUUCAAAUCAAACCAAAGCCCAACCGACCCAGAUGGUCUUUGUUCUGAUGCUGAUACAUGUGUGUUUGAAGUUGCUUUCGUUCAACUCUUCUCUAUCUCUUCAUGGAAUGGCAACCAAAUUUAGUGUUGUAUAAAUUCUGUUUUGUCAAUUAAUAUCUUUAUUUUUAAGGAGAGAAAUGCAUUUUAUUUUAUU